GUAAAUGUGUGAUUUUUCAUAGAACUAUAAAUAAAGAGAUGUAAUAUAAAUAGGUAAAACAAAAAAUAUUAUAAAGAGAAAACUGCCAUAAAUCAACACUUCGAUAAACAUGGAAGCAGAUUAUGAAGAUGAUUACAAAGGAGCUCGUGUAGAUAACAGGCGAGGAGAAAGGGGACGAGGAGGAACAGGCAGGAAAGAUCGUAAACCAAGAGAAAGAAUAAGAAGAGAACGAGACACAAGAAUAUUUAAAGACCGACAAGAGAACAUAGAGAAUCCUUUGGUAUUAUCUAAUCAAAAAAUGCCUAUAAUACUUGCCAAAAAGGGUGCAGAAGUUCAAGCAACCAAAGAUACUACAGUUCUUACCAUACAGAGGAGAGAUGAAUCCCAUACUUCUGGUGUCAAAAACUUGUCUAAUGACAUGAAUAGCAGUCUACUGUAUCAAAAGCACACUACAAGUCGCACCGAUCGAACUCCUGAUCUUUUGUCACCUGCUACUCCAAUACAACCUCCACCUCCUGUUACCUAUGUUGACCAUAACAUAUCAAUAGGAUUGGCUGCAUUAAACUUACCUGUAGAAAUAAAUGCAACUGAGUCAGUUAAUUUAAUUGACAACUCAUUCCAGUGGAGUGAUCGAGCAAUUGAGAUGCUCCUUGAUCAAAAUGACUUUGUUGUUGUUGGUUGUGUUGGCUUGCAAGGAUCAGGAAAAUCUACUUUGUUAUCAAUGUUAACAGGCCAGCAAAUUGUUCAAAAAUCAAGACUAGUGUUUCGCCCUCAAAAAGCAACAGACUUGGAGAAAUGCAUCCAUCGAACUGUUGGUGUUGAUAUUUUUGUUACACAAGAAAGACUUAUUUUGCUUGAUACACAACCUCUUUUAAGUCCCUCAAUGCUAGACCAAUAUUUACGUUUUGAUAGAAAAGUACCUGCAGAAUAUGCCACAGCAGAAAUAUGUCUCGAAGUACAGGCUUUGCAAUUGCUGACAUUUUUAUUUACUGUGUGCCAUGUGGUGCUUGUUGUGCAAGAUUAUAUUAUUGACUUUAAUUUGUUAAAUUUAUUAAAAACUGCAGAAAUGUUAAAGCCAAGUACAGUUUCACACUCCAAUCAAGAUGGUUCAAGUUCUGGCUCAGAAGAAGUCAAUGAGUUUAUACCCAAUAUAGUAUUUGUUCAAACUUGCUGUGAUGAACGCUCAUUUGAAGUGGAAGUUGUAAAAUCUUUGUGUGAGAUAUUAAGCACUGUUUUUCAAACUUCAAAUUUAAGAACAAGAGGGUGUGCAUCUAUUAUAAGAUCACCUUUAAUGUCUUACAUGCAUUCAAAACAACUCUUUCCUUACCAAGACUUCAAUUUGUUUCUUUUGCCUGAAUUUGCAUUAUCACAAGAAGCAGAAACCGAUGUCAUUCCUUUGUCAAAGUAUCGUGGUCAUCCCAACAUAAAUACACUCAUCAAAGUAUUUCGUCAGCAAUUGUUGUCCAUUCCACGAGAAAUGUUUACUCAUCACUUACUUUCCGAAAGAAACUGGUUUCACUACGCAGCAAGAACUUGGGAAGCAGUUAAAAAAUCCAAUUUGAUAUCAGAGUAUCAUCGUCUUUUAUCUUCUUAAUUUUAAGAAUUAUGGUAUCCUUUCAAGUAGAGUUUUUUGCUUUUUUAAAAAAAAAUGCAAAAAUGGUUUUGUACGCUGUGAUUUUAAGUGUUUUAAAGUGAAUCUUUCUGAUUGGACUAGAUAGAUUAUAAAAGUAUUGGGUGAUCAAAAUGUUGUUAUGUUAAUGAACAAAUGCUUUCAUCUAAAGAAUGACAUGUUAAGAUAUAAAGCAGGAAUGCUAAAAUCGUACUGUAUCCAAUAGUAAAAAAUUAGAAAACAGAAGUUAACAACAACAUAAAAUUCGAUCACAUAAAUGCCUUAACUAUCAUUCAGUUUUUUAAACCAGUUUUUAUUGUGAAAAAAAGACUUUUUUUUAAAGAAAAUUUUUUUUGUGUUAGCAGCAGUUAA